UUACGGACGGCGGAGCGGGCGCUCCGGGACCAGCCUCCGGCGGGUCUCCGCCCCCGUCACGUGGGCGCCGGCCCUGGCCCCUGCCGGUCGGUCCGCUGGUCGGUCCGGCAGUUGGUCGGGGGACUGGUGACUCGUAGCUCGGUCCUCACCUCUCGUGUUCGAGGGUGGGAGGGACACGGGAGCGGUCCGCACACCUGAGCCGCCCGGAGAGGAGCCGCGCCCCCGCAUCCAGUAAGAGGAGGAGGAGACUAAGCAGGCAAAAGGAGUCAUGGCUUCUGAUGCUAGCCAUAUGCUGGAAGCUGCCCUGGAGCAAAUGGAUGGCAUCAUUGCAGGAGCUAAAACAGGUGCAGAUAUAAGUGAUGGUACCUGUGAACCUGGACUGUCUUCCCCGGCCUCCUAUGUGAACCCCUUCCCAGUACUCCAUCUCAUCGAGGACUUGAGGCUGGCCCUGGAGAUGCUGGAACUUCCUCAGGAGAGAGCAGCCCUCCUGAGCCAGAUCCCAGGCCCAACAGCUGCCUACAUAAAGGAGUGGUUUGAGGACAGCAUGUCCCAGGUAAAUCACCACAGUGCUGCUAGUAAUGAAACCUACCAGGAACGCUUGGCACGUCUAGAAGGAGAUAAAGAGUCCCUCAUAUUACAGGUGAGUGUCCUCACAGACCAAGUGGAAGCCCAAGGAGAGAAGAUUCGGGACCUGGAAGUAUGUCUGGAAGGACACCAGGUGAAGCUCAAUGCUGCUGAAGAGAUGCUUCAACAGGAGCUGUUAAGCCGCACAUCUCUUGAGACCCAGAAGCUUGAUCUGAUGUCUGAAGUAUCUGAGCUGAAGCUCAAGCUGGUUGGUAUGGAGAAGGAGCAGAGAGAACAGGAGGAGAAGCAGAGAAAAGCAGAGUCAGUUCUGAAUGUGAUCAGUGAGCUUCAGGAACAGAUGUGUAGACUGCAGCUGGACAUCCACAGGCAGAUUCAAGAGCGCCUGUCACUCAGUAGGGACCACCCUGCAGAGGUGGUGGCUGGUGGUGAUGCGGCUGAGCCCCAGCCCUGCAGCCAGGACUGUGCCUAUUGGGAGGGGUCACCUGAGUUACUACAAGAGCUGAAGCACCUCAAAAUUAAAGUGGAAGAGUUAGAAAAUGAACGGAAUCAGUAUGAAUGGAAGCUGAAGGCCACUAAGGCUGAGGUAGCCCAGCUGCAAGAGCAGGUAGCCCUGAAAGAUGCAGAAAUUGAGCGUCUACAUAGCCAGCUCUCCCGGACCACAGCCCUCCACAGUGACCAUGCAGAGAGAGACCAAGAAAUUCAGCGUCUGAAAAUGGGGAUGGAAACUUUGCUUGUUGCCAAUGAAGAUAAGGACCGUCGGAUUGAGGAGCUUAUGGGACUAUUAAACCAGUAUCGAAGGGUAAAGGAGAUCGUGAUGGCAACUCAAGGGCCUUCAGAGAGAUCUCUCUCAAUCAAUACAGAAGAACUGGAGGGAAGUUUCAGAAAGUGGAACACUGCAAAUAAAAGCCCCGAAGAAUUAUUUAAACAGGAGAUGCCUCCAAGAUGUAGCUCUCCCACUGUGGGGCCACCUCCUCCACUGCCACAGAAAUCUCUGGAAACCAGGGCUCAGAAAAAACUCUCCUGUAGUCUAGAAGACUUGAGAAGUGAAUCUGUGGAUAAGUGUGUCGAUGGGAACCAGCUCUUCCCAGUGGUAGAACCCAAGGACAGCCCUCUCCUGGCAGAGCACAAAUACCCGACUCUACCUGGGAAGCUUUCAGGAGCCACGCCCAAUGGAGAAGCGGCCAGAUCAACUCCCACCGCCUCCCAGCCUGACCCCACAGGGAGCAGCCUGCUGAUGCUGAAUCGUGGCCGGAGUGUCAGUGCCCCCGUAUUAGGAGACACAGAAAGUGGCUGGGACGACACUGCCAUGGUCAAUGACCUCUCAUCCACGUCUUCGGGCACUGAGUCCAGUCCUCAGUCUCCUCUGACGCCAGAUGGUAAACGGAGCCCCAAAGGAAUCAAGAAAUUCUGGGGCAAAAUCCGAAGAACUCAGUCAGGAAAUUUCAACACUGACGCACCAGGCAUGGCAGAGUUUCGACGAGGUGGGCUCCGGGCUACCGCCGGGCCAAGACUUUCUAGGACGAGAGACUCCAAGGGACAGAAAAGUGACACCAAUGCCCCUUUUGCCCAGUGGAGCACAGAGCGUGUGUGUGCGUGGCUGGAGGACUUUGGCCUGGCUCAGUACGUGAUCUUUGCCAGGCAGUGGGUGUCUUCUGGCCACACGUUACUGACAGCUACCCCUCAGGACAUGGAGAAGGAGCUAGGAAUUAAGCAUCCUCUUCACAGGAAGAAGCUGGUUUUAGCAGUGAAAGCCAUCAACACCAAGCAGGAGGAGAAGUCUGCUCUGUUAGACCACAUCUGGGUGACACGGUGGCUGGAUGAUAUUGGCUUGCCCCAAUACAAAGACCAAUUUCAUGAAUCCAGAGUUGAUGGACGAAUGCUGCAAUACCUGACUGUGAAUGAUCUACUCUUCUUAAAAGUCACCAGCCAACUACAUCAUCUCAGUAUCAAAUGCGCCAUUCAUGUGCUGCAUGUCAACAAGUUCAACCCCCACUGCCUGCAUCGGCGGCCAGCUGAUGAGAGUAACCUUUCUCCUUCAGAAGUUGUGCAGUGGUCCAACCACAGGGUGAUGGAGUGGUUGCGAUCUGUGGACCUGGCAGAGUACGCACCCAACCUUCGAGGGAGUGGCGUCCAUGGAGGUCUCAUUAUCCUGGAGCCACGCUUCACUGGGGACACCCUGGCUAUGCUUCUCAAUAUCCCACCACAAAAGACGCUCCUCAGACGCCACCUGACCACCAAAUUCAAUGCCCUGAUUGGUCCUGAGGCUGAACAGGAAAAGCGAGAGAAAAUGGCCUCACCGGCUUACACACCACUGACCACAACAGCCAAAGUCCGGCCAAGAAAACUAGGAUUUUCACAUUUUGGAAACAUAAGAAAAAAGAAGUUUGAUGAAUCGACAGACUACAUUUGCCCAAUGGAGCCCAGUGAUGGUGUUGAUGACAGUCAGAGGGUCUACAGUGGCUACCGGGGCCUCAGCCCCCUUGGUGCCCCUGAACUGGAUGGGCUGGACCAGAUGGCACCUUCGGAAGGCACUGUGACGCAGAUAGGACUCCUCUCCCAAGACAUCCACCGCCUUACGACUAUGCUGAGCCAGGACAAGCUGCUGAAUGACUCUCGCCUGGCUGCUCCUGACUCUGAUGACUGGAGAUGACUCUUCAUGGCUGAGAACACUAGAGGCACGUGCAGGGGCCCUCAGUCUUUGCUUCAGCAGAGAGCUAGUGCACAGCCAUCUGCAGAGCCUGAUCGGGGCUGGUGGGACAACUUGACAUGGGUGCUUGUAGGAACAAGGAAAGCAGAGCUGUGGGACACAUGUCCAGGAGGUGGCCCCAGCAUCCCUGUGUGAUUUCAACUGUGCUGCACUCUUUACAGCAGCUUUUAUACCUUUUGUACUUUUAUACACAGACUGCAGACCACUUUUGUCAGGAGGGCAGUGAGAUCAGCACAGAGACUCAGUGGCUCAUGCUGUUCCUGGUGACAGCCAGGAGGCUCUUACACCAAAGGGGAAGAGCUGUUAGUUCAUAAAACCUCUGCUGAAAAAAAAAUUUC